GCUCGCGCUUAAAAGUGUUCGGGAGGAGCCGGUAGGGUUUGCGGGACGGACCGGAUGUGGGGCGGCCUGAGGAUGGUGGUAGCUCAGUGAGCGGGAGCGCCAUGAACGCGGAGGGAGGGCCGCCUGGCGGCGCGGCUGUUAGUACCACGGCUGGCAAUGUUCCAAAUGCUGCUGCCUCUGCCACAGAUACAUCUGUUUCAAAUGGUGUCUACGUUCCUCAAGGGAUUGCAAAUGGGGAUGUCAAACCUGUUAUAUCAACAACACCAUUGGCAGAUUUCCUAAUGCAAUUAGAAGAUUAUACACCAACAAUACCAGAUGCUGUGACAGGAUACUAUUUGAAUCGAGCAGGGUUUGAGGCUUCUGAUCCUCGCAUAAUUCGUUUAAUAUCAUUGGCUGCACAAAAGUUCAUCUCAGACAUUGCAAAUGAUGCUUUGCAGCAUUGCAAAAUGAAAGGAACUGCAUCGGGAAGCUCCAGAAACAAAAGCAAGGAUAAAAAAUACACCCUCACCAUGGAGGAUUUAAUUCCUGCUCUCUCUGAAUACGGGAUAAAUGUGAAGAAACCUCACUACUUCACAUAAAGAUCUGAAAGCACCUUCAGCAAACUGUUGACUACUUGCCAACGUCUGAGAAGGACUGUAUACCGUCAGCAAAUGGCAGUGUGACAGGACUCAUGCUGCUGGCUCGGACUUUUCCCAGUGUGACAAGUGCUGUAGUAUUUUUGAAUCUCCAUCCAACAUUGUUUAUUGUUUGAAGGAUUGCUUAUUUUUCUCACUUUAUGGCAUCAUAUCUUUUUGAAUUAUUAGUUAAGCUGAUUAAAAGAUUUGAAGUUUCUAUUAAAUCUUACAGAAUGAGUUUGCGAAGUAUUAUUUUCCUUUCUAUGAAGCUUUGUUGGGAUCCAUUUUGAAAUAGGAUGUAAAUUAAAAUGAGAUUAGUAUCAAAAUUAUAACUACAUCUGAUGGCCUUUGGAGGAUUGAUCUGUAUAACAGUUUUUUUAAAAUAACAAGUCUAGUCAUUCAUUAAGAAGAGAGUAAUGUUAUAUUCAGAUGCAAUAGUGUGUUUUUUUGCAAUAGAUGCAUUUGAAAAGUGUCUACUUGUAAAUGUGUUAUAGUUAUAGAGCAAAAUAAAUGAUUUGUGUAGUCAAUUAAAGGGAAAGGAUACUCUUAAUCCUUUUAUGUGCACUGGAAGGAGAGGGGUGUGUGUGGAUGCAAUCAAGCCCUUUCUACUCCGCUCCAGUAUUGCAUUGUGCCCCUCCUGUUCAUCUUGAAUGACGUUAACUGUAGACAAGUGAGGGAGAAGCCUUUAUCAAACUACUAUUGCAGAUACAUUUAUCAGAAUGUAGACACGUCUGGUUCUAUAUAAAACUCAAUAAAAAUAUUAGCCUCCCUCAGAACUGGAAUUUUUUUA